UUUUUUAUUCUAUUUGCGUUGCACGCAGUUUCUGCCAGAAACGAUGAGCGCUGUCGUUUGGCGCGGCCAGAGUAUGUAUGUACGCUGCAGCUGACGCCACGUCCAGGUGACCGACUAUAACGGCCCGCGCCGCCCUGUGGCCUGAUUUCGCGCUCCUGAAGGCAUCCCGCCAUUGGCUGCAGGUCGGCAACGGACGACGGCGGCCAUCGGCACGGCAGAAAGGGAGAGCCCGGGCGUCUUCUGUGAUGCCGUUCUUCGCCGCCGCAGUGGACCGCGCGCGGAAAAAGCCUUCGUCGUACACUGGUUUUCUCCCGCCUUCCCCUCCCACCGCGACGCGGUCGCCACUUUCUGGGGGCUCCCCGCGAAAGUUGAACGAGACUCCUCGGCGCGCAUCCUCCAGGGACGAUUGCUCUUCGCGAAGGUCCGCACGUUCUCCCAGCGCUUGAGCGGGCAUGAACCGACGGUCGCCACAGCCCCAGCGGCCGCGCCGACGUCGCGCUGGCGUGACCGUCAACGGUGCCACGGCCGGCGGCGUCUUCGUUGUCUGCGUCAUCUUCGCGGUCGCCAGCUGCUGCGCCGGGGUCACGCUAGCCGAGGAAAACGGGACUCUAUUGGGAGAUGGAACGGAGACCUCGGCUUUCGUGGACGACGGCAGCACGGCGACAAAUGAUUUCGCCGACUACGCCAUGCCGCCUCCCAAGCUGACCUGGGAAGGAUUUAUGCACAACAUGACUACCAGCUUCGGGACCGUGCUGCACAAAAUCUUUCCGCUCAUGGUCAGGGCCAGCUCGGAAGUGGAAGUCGGGCCCGAGUGCAUGGCCAGCUACUUCAAGCUCUUCCUUGGACUCCGGAAACUCAAAGGCUGGGCCGUCAGACUGGUGGACGCGACCGGCAAGCCAGCCGAUGGCCUUCUGGAGGGCACAUUGGCCUUCGUUGGCGCCUUCGACGAAUGCCUGGAUACGGUCGUCUGGGACGAGCAGGACAGCUCGCGGCUCCUGUUCCAAGGUCGCUACUGCACCGCCCAGGUGGCGCCUAAGUUCACUCUCCGGGACCUGUUCCACAACGAGUCGCAAGCCCACAAGGAGCUGGCUACGUACCUGCCGAAGAAGGCCAUGCUGAAAAAUGCGCUGCGCAUUCCAGGGAACCAUGUGAUUUUUCGGGUCGGCCUCUGCGUUCCUUCAACAUGUUCCAAGGACGACAUUGAACGAAUGGUAAAAUACACCGUGAAACACAUGGACAUGAAAGCCGAGGUGACCGAGUGUUUACAGAAGGAGAAAAAGCCGCUGUCUGUUAUCCAGAUUACUGUCAUCACUUUACUUGCCGCUUUCCUGUCGCUGACGAUCAUAGGCACCGUUACGGACAUCACACUCAAGGAGCGACGUCAUCCCAAGGCACCGGCUUCCGAGAAACAUGGCAGGUCCCUGGAGGCACUGCUCUGCUUCUCGGCGUACAGCAAUGCGCGCAAGCUGUUUGCGCCGGAGAACAAGCCGGACAGCCUGCGGGCGCUCCACGGCAUACGCUUCUUGUCCAUGACGUGGAUCAUCUUCGGCCACAGCUACUUCUUCAUCGAGCACGUGCAGCCGUUCCGCGGGCUUUUCAACGGCCACGAGAUGUACUCGGAAAAUUUCUUCUUCUCCGGAGUCAUCAACUUCACGCUGGCCGUGGACUCAUUCUUUUUCAUUAGUGGUUUGCUCGUCGUUUACACCAACUGGAAAGAGCUCACGGAGUCCAACGGCCGCCUCAAUGUAAUCAGAUUCCUGUUCAACAAGUAUUGGAGGAUGAUGCCGCCUCUUCUUCUAUCCCUUGGCCUGCUGUUCCUGAUGCCCGUACUGGGAGACGGACCUUUCUGGAACGACAUCAUGGGUACCGAGAUAAGACUCUGCGAGCAGUCCUGGUGGUCAAAUCUUCUCCUCGUCAACAACUUCUGGGAGUCCAAGAAGAUGUGUCUCGUCGCCACGUGGUACCUGGCGUGCAACUUCCAGUUUUUCAUCCUCUCUAUUUUCAUCCUUAUACCAUUAUACAAUUGGCCCAUCGUGGGGCUGAGUGCAACUUUCUUGCUGCUGCUGGCCGGGAGCAUCGUAUCCGGCGUGAUCACGUUCAUGGCCGAUCUUCCGCCGGGCCUCAUAUUCUACCCGGACCUCGACACUGUGUCUAACCUGGUGACCUACGUGUACCACAAGCCUUACAACCAUAUUGGCCCCUACUGUGUCGGCGUAUUUCUGGGAUACGUCAUUGUGAGACAUCGAGACAUCAAACUCAAGCCGCUCACGCAGGUGAUUGGAUGGUGCACAUCAUUCUCGGUCGGCGUGGCCGUGCUGUGGGCAGCUUACCGCUGGAACGCCGAGCUGCCCAGCCCUCCGGUAGCCGCGCUGUACGCCGCCACGCAUCGCGUCGCCUGGUGCAUCGCGCUCGCCUGGCUCACCUUCGCCUGCGUCGCGGGACACGGAGGCUUCCUGGACUCGCUGUUAUCGUGGCCGCCGUUCAACGCACUGGGUAACCUGGCCUUCAUGGCAUACCUGAUGCAUCCGCUGGUCAUCCUCUACCACUCCAGCAGGACCAGGGACCUCAUCUAUUAUAGUCAGUACGAGAAGGUGUACGCCUUCUGCGGCCACUUCCUCGUCACGCUGGUGUUGUCGACGUUCUUCUACGUGGUCGUCGAGAUGCCGUUCACCCGGCUAGGAGCGAUGCUGCUCCGGACUCCCGUCUUCCGCAAACCGUCGCGGCGCUCGGGCGCUGUCGGCGGCGAGAGCGGCGCGGGGGUGCGCAGGCGGCCGGCCUCGACCAUCGUGGCCGACAUCACUCGCGGCAUGGCGCCGCUGGCCUUCAUCAAGGCCAGGGCCCACGGCACCGCGAGGCGCAGCGGUUCCGCGCAGGCCGCCGAGCUCAGCACCGACGGCGGCAGGCCCACCAACGGCCGCUUCCGCAAGACCGGAGACUCGAGCCACCUAUGAUGAGCACGACGGGGGCCGAGGCCCUCGUUGUGGCACGACGAACGGUCGGCGGCACAUCCGGUGGCGCCCUUCUCCGUGGAGGAGUGCAGAACGCGGAUAAUGUCAUGUGGUUUGCGGGCCAGAUUGCGAAAAUGGGGACAUUGGUAAAGCUUUGGCCGUCACGCUCCUACACGUAGCUGACACGAGAGUCUGCCUUUACGCCGAGUUCAACUCUCAAAUUGCUUAAACCAUUGGGCUGGUUGUUUUCUGAAUGGUAAAAAAACAAAAACGAAAUGCUCAAUUUCCGGGGAAGGGAAGGUGAAAUUGACUGCAAACGGAAUUAGAUAUGAAUUCAGUUUCGUGGUGGCGGUGCCUUCGGGAUGCAAAUGAGUGCCAAGUGGUGGCUCAUUCUCUACGAGAAAUACAUCGUGGCAUAUGACUCUAGGGCAUUUGUUUAACAAAAAUGCUCUGUAUCGCAGGCUUCUGUACUAGACAUUGGAUAUGCGCAUUAUGCCUUUCUUUUUCUUUGAGUGCUAGAGUUUAUCCUUGUCUAUACAGCGAUAUGUUAUUGAACGUGAAACUGGACACUCCUUCCUAUGCACGGGCAUGAGAAAUCCGGGUUCCGUCGUAUUCAAGAAGCUGUUCGUGAGCUUGUUACUAACCGUCAUGGCUGUUUCACUGGCAGAAGAGACCGCGAACUAGAUUAUGGUUAUGGAGCUCGCCAAUGACAAACAUUUAUUUACGAACUAAAUGCUUUGUGAAGCCGGCGCCACGUAGUCUAAAGAGCUUAGAGAGUCCAUGUAGUCUCUCUUUUCACCCACACGGAUGGUUUAAGGGAUCGCAUAGAGCGCAGUAUUCUUUGUGAUCGGCGCCUUAAGCGGUUGAUAUAGUUGCUCGGCACAUGUGAGGGUAUACUUGGCUGAGUUAAAUGGGGGUUUCGUCCUAUAUUCGUUGGUUUCUCGAAAGGGUCAAACUGCUCUUCAAACCUCUUGCUGUGGAAGUCUAACUGACCAUCUUUUAUCCAAACCGCCAUCUGUCGCAUAUUUCUUCAUUCACGAUUACAUUUUAAUCCAAUUUGGUAUAAAACAUACGAAGUUCAUAACACUUCCAAGUCCGCUGGUGCGGCACGCGUCCUUCCGCCUUGUGACCAGUACUUUGCGGGUACUUGCCGCCGCUUGCACAUACCUUCUGUCUUUAGUGGAAGAAGAGGUGUUACACAUUUGUAGUCACCCCUUAGGGCAGCCGUUGUGCGGUCGCCAUUUCAUCCUAACGUAACCGAAAGCGGUGCGUGCAGUCAAAAAGCCCCUUGAGGGGUUUCAGGGGUUUAAUAUCACACCGAACAUCGCUGUGAGAGAUGUUCUGUGCUAGUGUCUCUGGCACUUAUUACUACACAGGGUCUGUACGUUAUUGACGAAUUCGAUGAAUUCCUUUCGUUAUCAUUUAUCUCUGACGAAGUUCUCUUAUAUUUAGUUCAGUGUGCGUUUAUCUGGCGUCGUUGCUAGACUGGAACAGUGUGCAUGCGGAUAAUCUCCGAUGUUUAGUCUAAUGUGUGCCACUUUUACAACGUUGCCGGAGCAAUAACAUUUCUAGUUAACAAGAUUACUAAGCAUUAUAGAUAUUUGUGUAUAAGAUAGCUGCUUCAGUAAUAGGCAGGUGCAAAACAAAAAGAAAGCUAUAUCCGCACAAUCAUGCUAAGGAAGAUAAACGUGUGCGGUUCAUUAAUACAAUAAUUAAAUAUUUCACGCCUGUGUAGUGCGUGGUAAAAAUGGAUUUGACCCUAUAUUAUAUAAUGCUAGCCAUGCAUGAUACAAGUUUCGAGCUUUUGCAGAAUGAUGGCGCCACAGUAUUUCCUUCCAGUUUUUUUUUUUAAUGGAAACAUUUAUGUUCGUUUUAUGUUUGUGAUCUUUCUGUGAAUAAAUGUUUUGUUCUAUA